UUGGAAAUGGAAGGUUAAUCCCGUCUUUUCCACAAACAGAAGGAUUUCCAGAGCAAAAAACGAAAAUGCCUCUGGUUAGAGCUCAAGUAAGGAAUGAAUACGGCCUUGGUCAGCCGGAGCUUUACAAGGAAGCUAAUAGAGAAGAUCCAAAAGCUGUUCUCGACGGCGUCGCCGUCGCUGGCCUCGUUGGGAUCUUGCGCCAGUUAGGGGAUCUUUCUGAAUUUGCUGCAGAGGUUUUUCAUGGAUUACAAGAGCAAGUAAUGAACACAGCUUCUAGGAGUCGUAAGUUGUCAAUUCGUGUGCAACGGAUUGAAGCUGCACUUCCGCCUCUUGAGAAGGCAGUUCUUGCCCAAACAAGUCAUAUUCACUUUGCUUACACGGCUGGUUCUGAAUGGCACCCACGGAUCCGCAAUGAGAAAAAUCUUUUCAUCUACAAUGAUUUGCCACGAUUUGUUAUGGACUCCUAUGAAGUUUGUUGCGAUCCUCCACGCCUCCAUUUGCUUGACAAAUUUGAUGCUGGUGGCCCGGGAUCUUGUUUAAAGAGAUAUUCUGAUCCGACCUUCUUUAAGAGAGCCUCAGGUAGCCCCGAAGAAGAUGCCGAAAAAGUCCCAAGAGAUAAGAGGACUCGUAAAAGCAAGAAAAAAAGAUCGUCCCACCGGAAUGGCAAACUACCACGCAGUGCAUCAUUAUCAAGUCAAAGUGGCAGAAUGCAAUUUACUUCUCCAAUUGCUAAUGGACGAACGUCCUCUCAAAAUGCAUCUAUGGUCGACAUGGCGCCGAAAUCUGAUGUGGGAGAGCAUUCAAGUCCUUUUGACUCAAGAGCUGGGUCUGGAUAUAUUGAAUGUGCUUUCAAUCUGGGUUCAUCCAUGCACCCCGAGGAACUGGAAUCCAAGGAACUGUCCUCUAGGUUGAUUCAAGAAACAGAUACCCUUGGUUCCAAUUUUCCUGUCGAACAAACUCAGGUUCUAGAUGAUACUUUUUCACAUAGUUCAUCGCAAGAGCAGAUUGGCCCUAGUGCAUCUUGUGUAACAUGGGAUGAAAAGUCAGAAAUAGUGGAGUCUAAAGCAGGAUAUUGGAAUAUUAAUGAAGUUCCUGAGACAAACUUUGAUGUAGAUGUGCAGGAAAUUGGAGCUUCCAAUCUUGUAAAUGAUGACCAAAUGGAUAUCCCCUUUAAUGACAUGGACGCCCUUAAAUCAAGCACUAUUGAGAGCCAAAAUGAUGAAAUUGAAAGUGAACCAGAUAAUUACAUGGAUGCACUGAACACAAUAGAGUCGGAAUCUGAAAAUGAUAUUGAGUGCCAUAGAAAACAGGAAGCGGAAAUUUGUUCUGAAAAAGAUGUUGAGUGCCAAACAAAAUGGAAAGUGGAACAGAUUGAAGAUGCUAACAUUUUCGGUAAUGAGAGAGAAGAUGAAAUUCAGAUGGUUAUGGAUGAUAACGCAGACCAUAAUUCAUCUGUAAUUGAACAGCCUGCCUCGUCCUCUAUUAUUUCAAUCAAGGGGAUCUCUGACAGUUCACCCGAUCCAGUACACAGAGAGAAAUUUUCCUGUGAACAGAUACCUCAAAUCUCUGGCAAAUUUUCUGAACCUGAUCAUUCACCAAGUGCUGAUUUAGGCAUGAGUAAUAAAAUCCGCAGUGGCUCACAAUCAGAACCUGUUAUCAGUGAUCCACCAUCAUCCUCUGGCUCCACAGUUUAUAAUAUGCAUGAUCAGGCCAGUGAUUCGAUCAUAACCGGUGUUAAUGACUCUCAAAACUCUCAGUCUGAAUUUUCUGUUGUGCAUCCAGUUGGGUUCUGGACAAAUGGUGGCCUUUUGGGACUUCAGCCAUCGAAACCUCCUGAUUUUGCCGUAUCAGCUGGAGGUCAGGGUUCUGCAGCUAAAACUAGUGAAGCAUCGGGUCCUCCAAAUCAAUUUCUGAUGCCUUCUCUUGAUGGACCCAAAGGAAAUUCAGGUACAGUGGUUGAGAACGCGGAUUUGAAUGAGAAGGUUCCAGGAUUAUGUAGUGAGAAAACAUUCCAUCUGGUAACUGAUUUUGGUGCCAACCCUGAAAAACCUGUUAAUUCUCAUUAUAAUGAUGGUCUUCAUAAUUUAAAUGGUGUUGACUUGAGCCUAAACACUUCAUUGCCACACGGAAACAAGCAUCCAGUCAAUUUUGAUAUCAAGGCUCCAUCUAUUGAAUCUAACGAGGAGAAUGAUGACAGCUCAUCUAGUAUGUUUGGACUUGGCCAUAAAUUACUUGUAAAUGGUUUUCGCAGGAAGAUGGUGAUUGGCCGUGAUGAUGAAUCUGAACCAGCAACUUCUACAAAAACUGGGGUACUGGAGCUAAGGAAUUGGCAGCAGGGCAUAUCAGGUCAGAAAAUUCCUCGGACAACCUUGAAUGGGCAGAUUGGGAACGGGUCUCCAGUAAAUUCACUUACUUCUUCUCCUCCACUUGAACAUAUGAAAAUAUCUUUCAAUCCUAUAGAUGGAUUUGAAACUUCUAAACUCAAAUUGCAAUUUCCUGGUGGGAAUCAUCAUCACGAAAACAUUAGAGACAUGUUUCCUUCAUUUCAGUUGGUCCCAGUGCCUGCUAUUCCAGCACACGUUGUUGCUUCAGACUCUGAUGAUGAUACUUUCUGCAGAUCAUCGCCUUAUAUGUCUGAUGGUUGCAUUAGUAAUUGUUCCGACUCAAAUUCUGAGCAGUGGGAAUCUGGUGAAACACCUGAAAGCAAGGACCCUGAGCUGUAUGAUGCAUUAAGCAGAUUGUCAUCAAUGGCAUCUGUUUCAAGCUGUUUUCAUGUUGAAGAACCAGCUAACAGUGGAAUCCGUGUUAACGAGGGCAAUAAAACUAUAGUUACUGGGUCUGAUGCAGAAUCUUCACUUUCUAUUUCACUUGAUCUCCUUAGUUUUGAUAUCAUUAACCCUAUACUACAUGAUGAAUCCAAAAGCAAUUCUGAUCAAAAGAAUCCAAAUGUGCAAAAUACAACAGAGCUCAAACCAGUGCCUCCACCUCCUCCUCCUGCACAGUGGCGGAUUUCCAAACCCUGCUUCAAUGAGGCAGAGGAAAGACAACAUGCCUUAUCAGAGUCACUUAGACAUGAGCUUGAUCUGAAACUUUUGGGGUCUUUUGUCUCUCAGAAGCCUGAGCCCCCUUCAGUUACUCAACAACAAACGAAUGACGAGACAAUUGCAUUAAAGCCUGAGAGUAAGGCGGGACAAGAGAAUGUGAAUGGGCAGAAAGAUGCAAACCAGCUUAGUGGCUGCCGGGAAAUGGAUGAAAAGGAAGAUUUCUUGCAUCAGAUCAGAACUAAAUCUUUCAACCUAAGGCCCACAGUCACUGCAAGACCAACUGUUAUUUCUGGUCCCACUACAAAUGUCCAAGUUACCGCAAUUUUGCAGAAAGCAAAUGCAAUUCGCCAGGCUGUUGGGAGUGAUGAUGAUGAUAAUUGGAGUGACAAUUAAUUAUUUUGGAAUACGGAUGCAAAAGUUAAUCUGAAGUUCUCCGAGUCUCAGGUUUUCAAAUUUGGGUGAGGCUAUUUGAUUGUGUGUUAUCCUUGUUUCUUCUUGUAAUUAGUUACUGGGGCUUAUCUUGUUUUUUAUAGUGAUUACCUGCAUUCAUUUAUGGAAUAGUUAAUGUUCCGAACAGGUAUUUAGUUGAAUCAAGAUGCAAGGUAAUUUACAAAAUUGAGGCUUCACUCAUGCAUAAUGCAUGAUAAUAUGGUAGCCUAUUGAGUUGUGUUUUCCUUUUUCUGGGUGUACUCUUUAACAAACACCACCCGUGCUCGGAAUUCUCCGUGUA